AUAGUUUGCGUGCCAGCCACACUUGUGUCGCGUGUAUUUCGUGUUUCUACGUUCGCUUCAAUAUUCUUGGCAUGAAACACCGUUUGCUUUCUUCAGUAUCGCUCAAACCAACCACUUCUGAGGUUCUAAGAGCGUGUCUAUCGUCCAGUCAGUAUUCCUUGUUUAAUUGGCUAGUAUGGUGAUUCAAAGUUCAUACGUUCGGCGGCUACAACUGAUCGCCAGUGCCAUCGCACUAAGACACUCAUCGCCCCUUGUUGCACAAAGCUGGAGAAACUACUUGGGACUUGGAUCGCGACAACCAGAACUACAAAGGUGCAAUCACGUCAUCUCUAGACUGCAGGCACUAGUGCAACGCACCACUAAAUAUAUAAAUCUCGUUUGGACCAGAGUGCACUUGAUAGUUGAAAGUGAUACAACAACCCCUGUUGUCGUGAACCUCAUCGACGUUAGACUACUCGGUACAAAGUCCAAUUGUCUUACUCAGCUUCAUUGCAUAAGCCCCAUCGAAGCAAAAUCGUCCGGUACCGCAAAAUCGACUACUGCUACCGUAGGAGUUGGCUUUCUUGCGUCGUUUUCGUUGUUUUCGUCCGGUAAAGCGAAGAAAGAUUCCACCACCGAGAAGGAAGCCGGUGAGAAAAUGGCCGAAAUGGAAGCAACCAAGAGCCUGAGCGAGACCAUUCAACACUCGGAUCAGCUGUUCGACGAGAACAACUUCCAGGAGGCUUACGACUUGCUAAUGAAAAGUUCGAAUCCUGAAGCGUACGAAAUCAAAUGGCGCAUUGCUCGUGCACUUUUCAACCUCUCGAAAAGCACUCCCAGCCCCAAGAAGGAGGAAAUGGUCCGCGAAAGCUUCCAGUUCGCGACGGAAGCCCUAGCGCUGAAUGACAACGACUUCGCCGCGCACAAGUGGUACUCGAUCCUGUUGGAUGCCAAGAGUGGGCUGGACGGUAUCAAGGAACGCGUCACACAGUUGGAGAACGUCAAGAAGCACAUGAAGCGUGCGCUGGAGUUGAACCCCACGGACGCAACAAGCUGGUACAUCCUGGGUCAAUUUUACUACGGAUUGGCCGACCUGCCGUGGUAUCAGAGGAAAAUUGUGGCCACAAUUUUUGCCACCCCACCAGAGGGAAGUUAUGAAGAGGCCCUGGAGUGCUUCGAAAAGGCAGAGCAAACCAAGCCAAAUUUCUACUCGAUGAAUCAUCUGAUGUUGGGCAGAACGUAUCAAGCUCUCAAGAACAACGGAAAAGCGAAAGAGUUUCUCACGCUGGCUGCAAACGUGACGGUAUUGAACGAAGACGAUAAGCAAGCAAAGGAGGAGGCGGCAAAAUUGUUGAAGAAAUUGUAGAAGAAAGGGUGGGACUGGAUCAUGGAUGGAGGGUUUUUGCAAGUCAUGACACCAUGUAAUAUUUUGUAUUUUUUGUUAUCGAUAUUAUUAUGUGAAAAAAGUAAUAAAUAGAUUUCUGGUAUGAUCGA